CUAAAUAUUUACUUGUUGAGGUUAUGUCUACGUAAAUAAUUGUUAAACUUUAAACUAUUCGCCACUUUUUCGUCAAAAUACCAGGUAACAACAAUGUCAAGUUUGGAAGUCUCCGAAGACCUUGUUGAUGUAAAGCCAGUCUCGAAAAACCUCCACAGUUGCCAAUCGUUUCUCCUCAUGGUAAACCACGUCAGACCUCACCCUUCGCCCCCUCAAAAUUUCAACUGUGAAAACUCAACCAUCGAAAACUUCUCCUGCAAAGAUUGCAACUUUGUCACGAAACUGACCCUAGUUUUCAAGCAGCACGUCCAGGAGUGUCACAGUCUUAAAAAAGACAAAGUGCUACAUUGUAACCCCAUCCGCAACUACAUUUGUAGAAAGUGCACCUUCGAAACAAACUUCUCACUGAAGUGGCUCCGGCACACCACCAGGUGCACCGAAAAGAGCCCCCCUACGUACAACUGCGACCAAUGCGACUGCAAAUACAAAUCCAAAUGGUACUUGAAACAACACAAAAUCCUCAAGCAUUUAAACGACGGCGAAAUAUUCUGGCACCGGUGCUCCCAAUGCCCCUACAAAACUUACCUCAACUCGAACUUAAAAAAACACAUAAACAGCCAACACUUGGACGCUGAAGCCAUCAAGUGGUACGAAUGCGAAAAGUGCCCCCACAAAACCAAAGAAAAAGGCGACUUAAAAAAACACAUCAACGCUCGACAUUUGAACGACGAAGACAUCAAGUGGUACAAAUGCAAACACUGCCCCUACAAAUCCAAACGAAACUAUCAAUUGCGAAGCCACAUAAACGCGCACCAUUUACAAGAACAAGACAUUAAAUGGUACAAAUGUGGCCAGUGCUCGUUCAAAACCAAACACAACCACAAUUUAAAGAACCACAUCAACGCGUGGCACCUAGACGAGCGCAAUAUUAAAUGGUACGAGUGUAAACAGUGCCCGCACAAAGCUAAGACUAACUCGGAUUUGAAAAAGCACGUCAAUGCCAAGCACCUGGACGACGAAAACAUUAAAUGGCAUCAGUGCGACAGGUGCCCGUUCAAAACCAAGCGGAAGUCGUCGCUGAACGUGCAUUUGAACGCGUACCAUUUAGAGGAAGAGGAGAUUAAAUGGUACAAGUGCGAGAAGUGUCCGUUUAAAGCGAAGGUUAAUUAUUCGUUGAAAAAACACAUCAAUGCGCGACAUUUGGACGACGAUGCCAUUUGGCAUGAGUGCCAGAAGUGUUCUUUUAAAACUAAACACAAGUCGUCGCUGCGGAGUCACGUCAACGCGCACCAUUUAAACGAACGGGAUGCCAAAUGGUACGAGUGCAAUAAGUGUUCGUUUAAAAGCAAACACGAGUCGUCGUUACACAAGCACCUGAAGGGACACAAUUAGCGAAGUUAAUUUAUUUGUAGGCGAUUUAUGUUAAUAUAAAUAAAAUUAAA